GGGGCCGCGCUCCGGCCUCGCUCCGCCGCUCCACGCCUCGCGGGAUCCGCGGGGGCAGCCCGGCCGGGCGGGGAUGCCGGGACUGGGGCGGAGGGCGCAGUGGCUGUGCUGGUGGUGGGGACUGCUGUGCAGCUGCUGCGGGCCCCCCCCGCUGCGGCAGCCCCUGUCCACUGCCGCGGCCGCAGCCGCCGGGGGGCAGCUGCUGGGGGACGGCGGGAGCCCGGGACGCGCAGAGCAGCCGCCGCCGUCGCCGCAGUCGUCCUCCUCGGGCUUCCUCUACCGGCGGCUCAAGACGCACGAGAAGCGGGAGAUGCAGAAGGAGAUCCUGUCGGUGCUGGGGCUCCCGCAUCGGCCCCGGCCCCUGCACGGCCUCCAAGAGCCGCCGCCCCCGGCGCUGCCGCAGCAGCAGCAGCUGUCUCGCGGAGAGCCCCCUCCCGGGCAGCUGAAGUCCGCGCCCCUCUUCAUGCUGGAUCUGUACAACGCCCUGUCCGCCAACGACGACGAGGACGGGGCUUCGGAGGGGGAGAGGCAGCAACCCUGGCCCCAAGAAGGAGCCAGCUCAUCCCAGCCGCGGCAACCGCUCACGGGCGCCGCGCAUCCGCUCAACCGCAAGAGCCUUCUGGCUCCCGGACCUGGCAGCCGCGGCGUGUCCCCACUGACCAGCGCGCAGGACAGCGCCUUCCUCAACGACGCGGACAUGGUCAUGAGCUUUGUGAACCUGGUGGAGUACGACAAGGAGUUCUCCCCACGUCAGCGACACCACAAAGAGUUCAAGUUCAACUUAUCCCAGAUUCCUGAGGGUGAGGCGGUGACGGCUGCAGAAUUCCGCAUCUACAAGGACUGUGUUGUGGGGAGUUUUAAAAACCAAACUUUUCUUAUCAGCAUUUAUCAAGUCUUACAGGAGCAUCAGCACAGAGACUCUGACCUGUUUCUGUUGGACACCCGCGUCGUGUGGGCCUCAGAAGAAGGCUGGCUGGAAUUUGACAUCACGGCCACUAGCAAUCUGUGGGUUGUGACCCCGCAGCAUAACAUGGGGCUUCAACUGAGCGUGGUGACGCAAGAUGGAGUCCACAUCCACCCCCGGGCCGCUGGCCUGGUGGGCAGAGACGGUCCUUAUGACAAGCAGCCCUUCAUGGUGGCUUUCUUCAAAGUGAGUGAGGUCCACGUGCGCACCACCAGGUCAGCCUCCGGCAGGCGCCGACAACAGAGUCGUAAUCGCUCUACCCAGUCACAGGACGUGGCACGGGUCUCCAGUGCUUCAGAUUACAACAGCAGUGAAUUAAAAACAGCCUGCAGGAAGCAUGAGCUAUAUGUGAGCUUCCAAGACCUGGGAUGGCAGGACUGGAUCAUUGCACCCAAGGGCUACGCUGCCAAUUACUGUGAUGGAGAAUGCUCCUUCCCACUGAACGCACACAUGAACGCAACCAACCACGCGAUCGUGCAGACCUUGGUUCACCUUAUGAACCCUGAGUAUGUCCCCAAACCGUGCUGUGCGCCUACUAAACUAAAUGCCAUCUCGGUUCUUUACUUUGAUGACAACUCCAAUGUCAUUCUGAAAAAAUACAGGAAUAUGGUUGUAAGAGCUUGUGGAUGCCACUAACUUGACACCAGAUGCUGGGGACACACAUUCUGCCUUGGAUUCCUAGAUUACAACUGCCUUAAAAAACAGAAGCACAAUUGGAGGUGGGAUGAUGAGACUUUGAAACCAUCUCAUGCCAGUGCCUUAUUACCUAAGAAGAUUUUAAAGGACCUCAUUCAUAAUUUGCUCACUUGGUAAUGACGUGAGUAGUUGUUGGUCUGUAGCCGAGUUUGGGUGUCUGUAGUAUAAAGUCUGGUGACUACAGAAACAUAACCUUGAAGCUCUCCUCCCCCAAAAACCCCACCGAAAUUAGUUUUAGCUAUAGAUCAAGCUAUUUGGGGUGUUAGUAAAUAGGGAAAAUAAUCUCAAAGGAGUUAAACAUAUUCUUGGCUAAAGUAUCAGCUGGUUCAGUACUGUCUAUCAAAGGUAGAUUUUACAGACAACAGAAAUUGGGAAAAUGGAGGGAACACCUCUGUUCACUUUCAUUCCCAGGAAGUUUAAUUUCAUAUAGGACCCACAGCCAGGGCUCCAUGGGGCACGUUCGUCUCAGUCAUUGCUGUUGUUGUAUGUUCGGGCUAGACUUUGCUGGUGUGAAAAUAUACUUAUUUCAGCCAAAACAAACCAUACCAUUUCUACACCUCAACCCUCCAUUUGCUGUACUCUUUGCUAGUACCACAUGUAGACUGAUUACACUGAGGUAAGGCUGCAAGGGGUGUGUAACCACGUAACACGUGAAGGCAACGCUGCACCUGUCAUUGGAAUUACUGAGAUGGUUCUUUGACUUGCACGUUAACUUCUGGACUGCCGACUCUUAAAAGCAGAAGCGGUUCUCUGCUUUUUUUACUAUCCCGCAUGCCACACCACAGGGUCAGAACCAACAAAGGAAAUAAAAUGAGGAAGGGUGCCCAGCCUAGAAGAAUGGCGUUAGAGGGAUGAGUGUGCUGUUUAUGAACUGAAAUCAUGAUUUCCCUUGUAGAAAGUGAGGCUCAGAUUAAAUUUUAGAAUAUUUUCUAAAUGUCUUUUUCACAAUCAUGUACCGGGAAGGCAAUUUCAUACUAAACUGAUUAAAUAAUACAUUUAUAAUCUACAACUGUUUGCACUUACAGCUUUUUUUGUAAAUAUAAACUAUAAUUUAUUGUCUAUUUUGUAACUGUUUUGCUGUAACAUUGAAGGAAAGACCAGACUUUUUAAAAAAGAGUUUAUUUAGAAAGUAUCAUGGUGUAAACAAACAAAUUGUACCACUUUGAUUUUCCUGGAAUACAAGACUUAAGAUGCAAAGCUGAAGCCACUCUUGACAGUUGUGCUUCUCUAGGAGGUUGGGGUUUUUUGUUUUUGUUUUUUUUAAAGAAAUUAUCUGUGAAUCACACGUGAUUAAUAAAGAUUUCCUUUAAGGCA